AUGGAGCUGGCCGUCAGGGAGCGGCUCUCGGCAGCAGAGAGCCGCCGAGAUGUUCAGGCUUUGAAGAAUGCUUAUGAGUUGAUCAAAUCAGCCAGUCAAGGAAAAUCUGCACUCGAUUCAUCAGAUAACUUCAGCACCGACUUGUAUGUUUUAUGUGCUGAACAAGCAUUUCAGCUGGGAUAUCUGGAAAUGAGCAGUGACUGCCUACAGAUGUAUUUUAAAGGAAGAUUUCCUGUGAACCAGUUUCUUGGCAGAGCAUAUUUGUGCCAAGGCCAGUUGCACACUCCGCUCUCUACAGAUAAUUUGGAAGAGUUUGAAAAGUUUGUGCUGUUUUUUAUGAAGGCAAUAGAUUUUGCCACCCAUGAUCGAAGAUAUUAUUUUUUGAUAUAUAAUGCCUCAGUUCUUUAUUGGCAACUUGUGAGGCCAUAUCUUAAGCCUGGAUUCCGCUAUUGUCUUAUUCCCAGCCUUUAUCAGAUUGUUAAAGCCUUAAACCAAACUGAGGAGCAAGACAAUGAAUGGAGAGCAGAACUCAUGAUAAAUUUACUCGAGUGCUUCCUGGAUGCUUCAAAACUGAAAGAAGCGAAAGAGUUUUCAUGUACCGCAGCAAUCUUUAUUAAGGAAAAUGUUCCAGAGAAAUACUCUCAAAUAUUUUCUUUAAUGGUAUAUCACAAACUAAUGGAUAUUUCCCAGGUAGAGAAGGAAAUACAAAAUUCCAUCCAUUUUUCAGUUAUUUAUAAAAUGCAGAUGUUAAAAUUAUUCAGUUCAGUACACAACUUGUGUAAAAGACAUCUGUUCUCAGUGGGAGGUGAGUUUUACUUGUCAGAGCCCCGUGAAAGCUGUUUGAUUCUGGAAUUAGCUCGUUUUUCUAUGAAAGUGAACUGCAUUAAGGUUGCAUAUGAUUGUAUACUUGAUUUGAAGAGAGCUGGGAUUACUGAGCAAGGGAAACUUAUUGAAAUAGAAUGCCUGGAAUGUGAAUAUGAAAUAAAAAAAAUUGGGACUAAAAUUAUGACUUAUACCAAAGGAGUCGUUGAGGCUCAGCUGGAAUUGAUAAAAAAUCUUGAGUUAACCUUAAAACGUGCAGUUCAAUUGGGAGAUCCUGAUGUGAUUCAGGUUGUUUGUACAACCCAGUGGAAUCUGUGCUUGCCACUACUACAACACAAUUUGCAUCAACGUGUGCGAAAGCCAUUGAUAGCAGUUGCUGAUGUCCUUGAAGAGAUUGACAGCAUGUUGAUUUUGUUGCGUUGCCAAGUUCAUAUGGAAAUAGCUCGUAUUGAAGAAGAUGGGGAUAGAAUAGACGCUGCUGUGGAACAUUUGCAAAAAGCUAUACAUCUGAACCACGGUGGGCAGUAUCAAGAACAUCUAAGACUGACUUUUAACCGUCUUCGUUUGUGCACUGUGCUGUAUAAGUCACCUGAGCGUCUAGAAGAUCGGGCAGUAAUGAUGAUUGAACAGGCUAAAAGGGGAAAGCAGAAGGAUAAUGUGAGGAAAAAGAGGUCCCUUCUGGUAAAUGCAGGUCUUGCACUAGCUCCUGAUUCAUUUCAGAUUGUACUUGGCAGUGAAAAUGAAGCUAAAGUUUCCUCAGGUAAAAGUAGGAGUCAAAUAAGCUACCUCUGUGCAAAAGCACAACAUCAUAUUAAAAGUGUGGAGAAAGUCAAUGAACAUUUGAAACACGUAAGAAAUGAAAAUGACAGAGAGAGAAUUAUACUUUGGGCAGACUUGGCAAAAGUUGCACGUAAACAAGAAGUAUGGGAUGUCUGCCGCGCAGCAUGCAGAUUUUGUCUCUUGUAUGAUGAUACUUUGUUUAGGAAGGUAACAAAACCUAAAAAAACUCUUUUGCAAAGUAAAGGGAAAAAGAAGUACUUACCAGAAACUCAGGGCAACCGCACGCCAAAAGCGUCAUUAAUAGGAACUGCACAGAGGAAGAAAGCUAGUACAACUAUGAUGGAUGAUGACCAAGGUGACAGCUUACCAGGAGAAUCAUUACUACCUGCUAAAUCCUUCUCUUUUGAAAGAGAUUUACUCAGAAUAUUAGCAGAAAUAAGAUUCAUUAAUGCAGAGGCAACUGUUCAUUUAUUAAGAUUGCAGGGAGUUGAACUGAAUGAUCAUGCUGUACCUCCAGAAGAUACAAGCCAGUAUCAUCCAGGAUAUGUUUCGUAUCUUUCUGAAAGUGAUCCAGAAUGGAAAACAUACAGUUUAUGGAUAGACUGCUUAUCUCGGUAUGCUAUGGAAAACUUCCAACGUGCAGCAGAAAUAGGAGAAGAAUUGAAUGAAGCCUGGAUUGUUCACAAUGCUGUGGUGUAUAUUUUAAACUACAAUAGACAUCUUAUCUCUUCGGGAAGACAGAGGGAAAUUAUUGAGUAUCUGCAGACUCUUCUUGGAGCCAUCAAGACUGUUGGGCACAAUGGAAGUACUGCGAUUUUAUUGAUGUUAUGUAAUGCUUUGGCUCGGGGCUUAAUUCUUUGUUGGAUUCCAAAGCCAAAACUUGCUGAGAAGAAAAAAGAAGAUUCUUUUUCAGUAGAUCCCAGUGGACUUCCUGAUAUCAAAGCUGCCUUAGAGAUUUGUGAAUUUGCCCUAAAUGUGACAACUGGAACCAUACCUAAUGAAGCAGUACCUCUUGCUGCACAGCAACAGAUCAUUGCUACGUGGGUGAAAGCAAAACAGUUAAAUCAGCAGCAGAUCGGACAUAAACUUGGGACUGAGGAGGAGAAUAAUGAUGAAGCACAAAAUCCUACGGCAAGAGUUCUUGUUGGUCUAGAAAUGUAUUCAUGUAAUGGCUUGGGUCUCAUGGAUUUCACUGUUCCUAGCUUAUCUCAGUUAGUGAAAUUGGCUUUAGAAUGCAGUUGGUCAGAUGCCCUAGUGGAACUGCAGACACUGGCACGGCUUACAUAUUUUGCAUAUGUAUCACAUGACUAUGAAACAGUGAUGACUUGUUCUAAAAGGAUCUUGCCAUCAGAUGAGAAUUUUUUCCACAAUAGAGAUACUAAGAAAUAUGAAAUGCCUGGUAACAGAGUGAGACAAGAAAUGUUAAGCACUACUGCCUGUAUACAAGGAAAGAGUAUAAUGGAAAAUUCGUCUGGAAGAAAACAUUUGCGUGUAGCAGCAUCAAAAGCCUUUGUUCAGAGUGCCAGGUACGCAGGUGAAGCUGGAAAUGGUUCCCUUGUAAUGUUUGCAGCUAGACACUUUUGGAAUACAUGUUUACCUUUGCUAGGUUCUCCACAUGACAGAGAGCAGUUUAAAGAACCUAUUGAAAUAAUUCUUAAGAAUAUAAUUAAAGCGGAAUCUAAAAAUACACAGGAGAAGAAAGAUGUGUUGCCUUUGCAUCAGUGGAUUACAAAGGAUUUUCAAAGUAUCGGGUUAUCAGUUGGAUGCUUUGUCCCAGGUGCUGAGGAAGAUCUAACAUUACGAACCUCCUUGUAUGGGUUAUUAUUCCACAUGUACGCUGAUAAAGCUGACUGGGACACAGCGCUAAAAGUCCUGGAUGAAGCUAUUCAGGUUUUGCCUCAGACAAGACACAGGCUCCUGAUUUUUAAACAUAUGGCUACAGUGAAGGCAGCAUUGGGACGCAAUUUUAUGAUGGACAUUCAAAAAUUUAGAGAUGAAAGUGAAGAUUAUUUGUCACAUAUGUGGCGUCAUUUGGUAACAGUCUCCAGAAGUAUUGUUGGACAGUUAAGCUGUUUUCAAAAUGCAAUUGUUGCUUUACAGAAACAAGAAAAUGAAUGGCAGAAGGUUGAUUAUCUGAUAGAAUUUGCUGAAUGGUUAUAUUGUAACCAGUUUCCCCUCAAUGAUGUUAUUAAACCUCUGGACUGGGUGGUAGAUCUCUUGCUACGUAUGAAAUUUUCUAUGCAAUCCUCACAAGAAGAAGAAAAUUUGAAGAUAGACAUUGGAGCAAAUGAUACCAUGCCCCAAAUUAAUUUGGACAAUUUGAGUAAUAUCAAACAAUUGGAAGCUUUGUUUAGAGCACAGACAUUAAUGGCUUUAAUUUCUGGUCAGAGUUCUCCUUUUCAUCAGCAGCACUGUUUGAUGGCAUAUGCUUGUAUCGUCCGUAUCUGGCAGGUAUCAUUGUCAGCAUCAGGACCUAUUACAAAAGUAUUAUCAAAGUCUUCACAACUUACAGCUCCUCAGAAGGUACAAUCAAUAAUUGCUCCUAAAAAAGAGGACAAAAAGAACGAUAAACAAGUUGAAGUUUCUGUUGUGAAAGAGAACCCUAAAGGGAAAGGAUCAGUUGAUACCUUACCAGCAAAUGUGGAAGAAUGGGCUCAUUAUGACUGUCCCAAUGAAAUCAGAGAUACUUUUAAACAGAAAACAAAUAGUUACGGUAUUAACUGGGACAAUUUCCCCAAACCUACUUGUACUUUGUAUUUCAUGGACCUGUUGGCUAAAGAACUACAGAAAAUUUUUUGUCCCCACUUGAUUCUUCCCAUCUUUCAGCUAGCUGAAGUUAUUGCUAAUGAAGUUGUGGAAUGUAGAAGUCUGUCUGAUCUCUAUCACCUUCGAAUUGCCCUGGUAUGUUCAGACUUAAAACUGAGUCAGGCAUCUUUGUAUCAUGAGAAAGCUGCUGGAGAAGCAUACAUUAGUGAAUUAGAACAAGCAAUGUGCAGACAAGAGAUUGCCCUGAAAAAAGAAAAAAAAUUUUUUGAGUUAAAUGCGGUAACAGGAAAGGGACUGAGUGCACUUUGUUUCCCUUACUUGUGGAUAGAAAAAGCUGAAGUACUAAUUCAGCUAGGCUUGUAUCAACCAGCAAGACUUCUGCUUUCAGAGGCCCAUGCUGCAACUCAGGAAUUGAGGGCCCUGUAUGAUGUGUCAAGGUGCUUGUACUUAUUUGCUGUAUUGGCUAACCUGGAAAGAAACCAUGGACAAGCUAAAGCACUCCUUGAGAAAGCACAGCUUCUAGGAGGAAAUGAACAGUUUUGGUACAAUAGCACUCUUAGUCUAAUAGAAGCAAUUCUAGAGGAAGAGGGGGAAGGAAAACAGAGCACGGCCAAGCAGGAAAGAAACAAAGAAGAAAAACAUAAUCACUAUCUAGAUGCUUAUGACUUAGCUCAGAGGGCAGUAUCCAAAACAGAGGAAGUAUUUCAUAAUGUUUGUAGCUUAUUUGCAAUUAAUGAGACUACAAAUAUUAGUAUCCCAUUAAUGAGGGAAUUAGCUAACAGGAAAAUAAAUCUUGUAGAAAUUCUUCUGGACAUUUUUCAUCUUGUUAUUACUGAGAAAAAGCUAAAAAAAGUGGGAGAAGCAUCGUCUGAUAAAAUUAUGGAGGCAUUCCUCAAGGAAACUAUUGAAGAUGAUGCAACAGAACAGGAUUGGAAGCGUAUGGAAUGCACUGUGGGUCAUAUUACGCUGGCUCAGUUAGCAAACGUACAGAAUCUUUGUAGAGGCUGUCCUGACAUCAAAUCCAAAUGCCUAUAUCUCACAGGAAAAACUCUUCGUUUACUUGCCGUUAAUGUAAAUCCUGUCCAUUCAGAGAUUUACUGGAAGCCAAAUAUUAUGGAAGAAGCUAAAUCAGACAUCGCAAAAACUUCCCUGACUUCAGCAGAAUGCAGUGAACAGGAAGUGACAGACAGCAGUUUACCGACUAAUAAACGUCAAUAUGAUAAGUACAGGAGGAAAAUACAGGAAUUAAAGAAGGAACAUAGGUUGGCUCAGAAAUAUCUGUCUCAAACCAGCGAAGCUUUGCUACAGUGUAUGGGUAUUGCAUUCAGUCAUAAUAUUACUGAGGUACUGGCUCCUGCUAGUUUUGAAAUGGUUGAAUGCUUUCAACAAUUUGAUCCAGUUUUAAGUAGCCAGUUUUUGGCACUUCAUCAGAGCUGUUCAGCAUCUACGAUGAUGAAGAGUAUCCUUCUAACAGCUACAUCUAACACCAGCAGCUCUCAGCUGGCAGCAUUACUGCAUCUUCAGAAUCAUUUAAAACAAAACAGAAACACAAGUGAUCUUCUAAAAAAUGUGGAACAGCAACUGACUGCUACUUCAAUGGCAUGGAGAAAUCUCUGUAUUCCUGUUGAACAUUUUAAUAUAAUGGAUGAAUUGCCAUCUAAUUUCUACAUAAUUAUUCUCCAGCAUUCAGAAGACAGAUCAAAUUUGUACAGUUCAUUGAUUGACAUGCCAAAAGUAAGUGCUGCACAGCAAAAAGGAAAACCUACUCAGCGAAUGGUGCAAGCUAAAGUUUCUCGGUUUCCUGUGAAUCCUGAUACAUUUUGUAUUUUGUUGGAAAAAGUGCGUCUUUACAAGCAGCAAAAGAUGAAGAGUCAUCUUAAACAGACUGUCAUUCAACACUUGGAAGAGUGUGUCUCCAAAACAGAUGUGGCUCCAACAGAGAAAAUACAUGAUAAUGGACAUGAUUUGACAUCAGAUUUCUCUGAAAUAUUAGAAAUUAUGGAAGAAUACCUGAAACCAGUGCUGUCACAGUUUGAUUUUUCUGGUAUCAGAGAACAGAGCACAUCAGUUUCAGCAGCUGAAUCAGGAAAAAGAAAAGUGAAAGAUAAGGACCUCGGACACACUAGGAUGCGGGGUACACCUAUGGAUUUAGGAUUGUGUGUGGUAUUACUAGCAGAUACAUUAUUUAUGGAGUUGCCUUUGGAAGCUCUGAGUAUCUUUAAAGAGGAAGGAAUAAGUUCUGUAUCCCGAGAUUUUUCUCUCCAGAUUCUCUACAACCGAGUACAUCUGGCUGAAUCAGAAGCUUUAAGUCCUUCCCAAAAAAUAAAGGAAAUCCUAGAAAAAUACCAUGACCUAUUUACACUACAGUGGGAAGGAGUUAUUGGCAACAUACGUCUUCCAAGCCAAGCUGAAUGGGAGCAGCUGCUGACAAACUGCAGUGCAUUUCUGUUCUAUGGGAUGGAGAGAUUCAUGUCUCAUGUUUUACUCAACAGACUGGUUGCUAUGAACAUCCCAAAAUGCCAUUUGAUGAUACUUCUAGAUCUGGUGCGAUCAAAGCAAAGCUAUCAAAGAAUUACAAACUCUGAUAUCCACAAAAGUUGUCUACAUAUUGUUAUAGAAAGACCAACAGAGACAGCAAUGCUUCUAAGCCUUACUGGUGUUCGUUCUAUAAUAGCCAACCAGUGGCACACUACCUUGCAAGAGAAUGCCGAAAGGCUAGAAAUUUUGUCUGAGACUGACCAAGGAAGCGUCAUCAGCAUAAAACUCUCCUAUCCUUACUGUGCUACCUGCCAGCAUAGCAACACGGGGCUCCCCGAUGUUAUUUUCAGGAGAAGACAGGCUGUGGACUGGGAAGAGGAACGCAGUGGAGGAAGGGAUUCAUCUUAUGGCUGGGUGUUUGACUGCAACUACAGAGCCAAGAAACUCUUACACGAACUCAGGAGCCUAGAAUCACAAAAGCUGGUGUCCACAGUAGUAUCAUGUCCCCACUGA